AUCAGUUUUCAGAUGGAGUCGUUAGAUGAAGACAUUGCCUUCCACUCCAACAUACCUGUGCCACUGGAUAUAACCGUGGCUGUGGUCUACUCUGUUUUUGGAGUAUGUUCACUGUUUGGCAACAGCACCCUGCUGUAUGUCUCGUACAAGAAAAAGCACCUCCUGAAACCAGCCGAGUACUUCAUCAUCAACCUAGCCAUUAGUGACUUGGGCCUGACUCUGUCCCUCUACCCCAUGGCCAUAACUUCAAGCUUCUACCACAGGUGGCUGUAUGGGAAAACAGUGUGUUCCAUAUACGCUUUUUGUGGCAUGUUGUUUGGCCUCUGCAGUCUGACCACUCUAACCCUGCUAAGCAUGGUGUGCUUUGUGAAAGUAUGUCAUCCGCUCUAUGGGAACAGGUUUAACUCCCUCCACGGCCGUCUGCUCAUUGCCUUUGCUUGGGUCUAUGCCCUGUUGUUUGCCUGCUCCCCGCUGGCCCACUGGGGGAAAUAUGGACCAGAGCCUUAUGGUACCGCCUGUUGCAUUGACUGGCGCCUGUCCAAUCAGCACUCUACAGCACGCUCCUACACUCUGGCACUGUUUAUCUUCUGCUACAUCAUACCAUGCUGUAUUAUUUUAGCAUCCUACACGAGCAUACUGGUCACAGUGCACGCUUCCCGCAAGAAUAUGGAACAGCAUGCAAUGAGGCAGACACACAUAAGCAGCAGCCAGACAAUUAUUGUUAAGCUAAGUGUUGCUAUCUGCAUUGGUUUCAUUGCGGCAUGGAGUCCAUAUGCUUUGGUGUCCAUGUGGGCUGCCUUUGGACACAUUGAGAACAUCCCUCCUCUGGCAUUUGCCUUGCCCGCCAUGUUUGCCAAGUCCUCCACCAUCUACAACCCAAUCAUCUACCUAAUGCUGAGGCCGAACGUCCGCAGGGUGGUGCGCAGGGACCUGGCUACUCUAUGCCACGCCUGUCUGAAGGGCUGCCUCUGCUCCCAGGAGCCAGCUACGUGCUGCUCAAAGCCAGAGAUCAUGGUCAGACUACGCUCAAUCCACAGACAGACCAACCAAUUCCCUUCAUCCAACUCCUCUGCUCAACCUCCUAUGGUAGCAUCAAAGGACCACAGCUGUGACAAGUGCAAGGAUGCUUUCGAUUGCUUCAGACACUACCCUCGAAUGUGCAGCAUCACUACCGCUGCUGCCAAUGGAGACUCAUCUAUGGAUCAAGACACUCCAGUUCCCCAAACACAUGAGCAGACGACACAAAGCAUGUGCCACAAGAAGUCUCUGCUGGCCAUCAUGUGUGCAAAAAUGACUUCAGAAAUAGACUUCCAUAUUAAUUUAGAGAUGGUUCCAGGGCAUGCAAAAGUGGCUUGGCCCUAAUAUUUCACUAUAUUCACAAUGUUUACACAAUAUCUCUGCACAAAUUUGGCAGUUUAUGUUCUUUCAGGUGUGGAAUUACUUUAUUUCUAGAGAGAGAUCU